UGCAGCCUGGAAGUCGGAAGCAGAAAAAAAAAACCAAGAGCAUGUGUCCUCUGGAGUUUGUUUGCGUCUCUAAGCGCAUGUGAACUGUCUAACGCAACAAUGAACAGCUGUAGAAGACUAGCUUGUAGUGACUUUAACUCCGGCCUGACCAUCGCCUUCUCGCGGGUCAAACCGCCGACCAACUCCCGGAGCCGAAGCAAUGCCGCCGCCGCUAAACCGGCUACAGGCUCCGACACGGGAGAGAAGCCCCGGCUGAGGGCGAUCGACCUGGCGCAGAAGGUCCAGCAGGAGAAGUCGAAGCCACAGUCGGAGGAGCCUCCGCUGUCGGGCCAGCAGAAGAGGGUGAUGGAGCUGAAACGGUUCAGUCUGCAGCUACAACAUGUUCACCCGAACGUUCUGGCCAAACACCUCCACAGAGGCGUGCUGUACCAGGACAAAGAUGUAGUUGUGAUCAACAAACCGUAUGGUGUUCCUGUCAGAGAUGAUAAUGGGGCCACAUCCAUCUCCUCGGUGCUUCCUGUUCUCUCCAAAAUGAUGGAUGGGAUGAAGAUCAAGUCUGAUUCUCAGCUGUUCCCUUGUCUUAAGCUGGAGAAGGAAACAACUGGAGCUUUCAUGCUGGCCAGGAGUGAAAAAAUAGUGGAGCACAUACUCAACCUUAACAGAAAUAACCAAGUGCAAAGGAAGUACUGGGUCAUCACAGUCGGUGUACCUGUUCCAUCACAAGGAGUGAUUGACAUUCCCAUCAUAGAGAGAGAGGUCACGGGUUCUCGUCCACACUACAAGAUGGCUCUCAGUCCUCUUUUCAGAAUGAAUGAUGCGGGCGACGGUAUGACCAAAGUCCGUGCCCAUCGGCAAGCACAUCCUGCAGUGACCAAGUACAGAGUGUUGGACAGCAGCAGUGGCUGCAGCCUCGUGGAGCUCCAGCCUUUUACUGGAGUGAAGCACCAAAUGAGAGUUCACAUGGCACUUGCUCUGACAUGCCCCAUUCUUGGUGACCACAAAUAUUCUGACUGGAACAAACUGGCACCCCAGAAAUUACCAGAACGUGUGCUGGAAAAGCUUGGACUGGAACAGCGCAAGAUCCGGUACCUUCCUCUUCAUGUGCUUGCUCGACAGAUGAUGCUGUUAGGAACCAAUCGAGCCGACAUAAGUGUGUCCUGUCCCCUCCCAAAGUACUUCAUACAAACAUUGAAUCGGCUGCAUUUAACUUUUCCUGAUGAAAAGGACUAUAAAUAACCACUUCAGCAAGCCAAGUGAUGUCUAAAUGGAUUCAACAUCAGCUGUGAAUGUCAGACUCCAAUGGGGGGGAAAAGUGUAUCAUGUGCCAUUUAAGUUAAAUGGGAAAUAAAAUGAUACCAAGCUGGAUUGUAGAGUGCUGCAGUCCUAAAACCCAGAAAUGUGUUGGCAUUAUUGCCCUUCCGGUUCUUUUGUCUCAAAGUCCUUUUUAAAAAAUGUUGACACGUUUUAAAGAUUUAAAUGUUCUUUAGGACUUUGCAUGUCUUUUAAACGAUUGUUAACAAUUGGCUAAACGAGACUAUGGAGGUUGUUGGGGACAGUAAAGGUUGGACACAUUGUUACAUCUUCAAAUACCCUUGAUUAUAUGAACCAUAUUGUUUAUCCUGCUGUCAUUUCCACAAGUUUCAGAUGUCAGCAGUUUAUUCUAAACAAAAUGUGCGUGCAUAUCAAUCGAGUUAUAGAUACCAGGUAUAAAAAGCCUCGUCUUUCUCCCAGUUAGAAAAUGUUAGAAACGUUAACUUUGGGAUUGUAUUUCUGAGGUUUUACCUUGUGCAAUUUCAUACUGUCAAUGUGUUUGAGUUGACAGCCCUGUCACUAAUGAAUUAAACGGAAAGGUUCAUUUAAGAAACUUAA